UGUGGCCCGGCUUCUCUGCCUCUCGCGCUCUCUGGGUCUCUCAGCACCGCCAUGGCCGCUGCUCUGUGCCGCGGCGCCUCUCCCCGCCCCGGCCCGGCGCGGCUGCUGCUGUUGCUCGGAGGUCUCCUGUGCGCAGCCCCGGCGCGGGGCGAGUCGGAGCCGGACCCGGAGCUGGAUCCGCACGCGCGGCACCGUUACAACGCCGAGAUGCUGCGCCACGGCGCCCAGAGCGCCCCGCACUUCGUCAUGUUCUUCGCCCCCUGGUGUGGACACUGUCAACGUCUACAACCAACUUGGAAUGAUCUGGGAGACAAAUACAACAACAUGGAAAAUCCGUCAGUCUAUGUUGUAAAAGUGGAUUGCACUAUAGAUACUCCACUCUGCUCUGAAUUUGGAAUCAGAGGAUACCCCACCCUAAAGCUACUUAAGCCAGGCCAAGAACCUGUGAAAUACCAGGGUCCUAGAGACUUUCAGGCACUGGAAAGCUGGAUGUUGCAGACACUAAAUGAGGAACUGGCUGAGCAAGAAUCUGAUCUGCAACCACCAAAACUUCCGGAACCUAAACAGGGAAUGCAUGAUCUCUCGGCAGCCAAUUUCAAGAUGCAUAUAGCAGAAGGUAAUCACUUUAUCAAAUUCUUUGCCCCUUGGUGUGGCCACUGCAAGGCUUUGGCUCCAACCUGGGAACAGCUGGCCUCAGUUCUUGAACAUUCUGAAACUGUCAAGAUUGGCAAGGUUGACUGUACACAGCAUUAUGAAGUCUGUUCUGAAAACCAAGUUCGUGGAUAUCCCACCCUCCUCUGGUUUAGCAAUGGUGAAAAGGCUGACCAGUAUAAAGGAAAGAGGGAUUUGGAUUCAUUAAAGGAAUAUGUCGAUUCUCAGCUUCAAAAUGCCGAGAAAGCCCCAGAUGCUGAUAAACCAUCUGAAGUUCCACAGCAGCCUGCAGAACCCACUCAUGAUGAGGCUACAGUCCUGUCUCUCUCUGAAAAAGACUUUGACCAAACCAUUGCAAAAGGAGUUACCUUUAUUAAAUUCUAUGCUCCAUGCAUGAAAUCUCUGGGAGAGACUUGUCACCAUCUUUGUCAAUGCCCGAAUCAAGCCUUAAGAUACUCAUGGGCUUCUGUAACCACCAACCUAAGGUGCGGUCACUGUAAGAACUUGGCUCCAACUUGGGAGAACCUCUCCAAAGAACAAUUUCCAGGUUUGACAGAUGUCAAAAUAGCAGAAGUAGAUUGCACCAUCGAACGUAACGUCUGCAACAGAUUUUCUGUGAAUGGUUAUCCAACACUGUUGCUUUUCCGAGCAGGGGAGAAAGUCAGUGAACACAAUGGAGCCAGAGAUCUUGAAACGCUGCAUAAGUUUGUUUUGCGUCAGGCAAGGGAUGAAUUGUAAAACACACAUGGAUACUUCUGCCCUGACAGUUCUUGUACACUAAUGGGGAGACUUAAAUCAAGUUAGUUAUUGAUUUUCAAAGGGUGGGGUUGGUUUUUUGUUGUUUUUGAAAACUGAAUGUACUGACUUGUGGUAUCUUCCUUGUGUGUGUGUGUUUUAAAGCCACACCGUACUGACUUUUUCAUUGUUUGUCAAGGAAAACUGGUAACAAGUAGUUACUGUGCAAAUUGAGUAUUUUCAGCAUCAGUAUUACUACAUUUCUACCUUCCCCUGUUGAGAUAUAAAUGGUUUUCUUUGAGCCUAAAAUAGAUGAGGAAAAUCAAGUUAAGGGACUGGGUAAACUAUUUUUGUCUUCAGGUUGAAUUUGGGUAAAGGCUUGCUACCAAAGUACAGCUUAUAAAGUGCUCACCAUUACUAGAAAGGUGCAAGCCACAGCUAUAUUAAUAAAUGUUGCAUUUUCAACUGAAGCUAAAAACUCUGUCUUAAUAUAGCAGCUGGUCAAAAAAUGGGAGGUUGAAAAAGAAAACACACCUCUUUGGAAGAUACCAGGCCACUACUAGCUGCUUGUUUCCUGUUAAUAUUUCUCUAGUCAUGGGAGGCCCUAGCCAUUAUGAAAGUAGUGGUACUUUUACUACAUGCCUGAAUAUUACUGAUGCCAUAGGAGAUGGGGGAUUUUGUAACAGUUCAAACAGGACACUUCUCUUCACUGCUAGAGGAGAGGAUGCUAUCAUAACAACCACUUAAUUAUUUUCCAAGAGAUGUCUACCUCUAACACAUUUAGAAACAACUGGUUGCAAAUAAUUUUCUGUACCAUAUUUCUCUUGCCCCAGUUUACUGCUAGAACCACUCAUCUGACUUAAGCAGCAGGAGCAGAUGAACUCAUGGGGUUUAUUUAAUAAGCAGAUUGAUACUUCAAAAGUGUUUCUUGUUCCUCAAACUGAGAAGCAAAACUCCUCUUCAGUACCACUGCAAUUCAGUUCCUGUUGCUGCCUUUAAAUGGGAGGACCAUACACUUGGUUGCCUUGAAUGAUGACCUACCUGAUUGUGUGAGGUGUUCUAAUACAUUAAAGCCAAAGAAUUUACAAUGCAGACACCGUUAGUUUACUAAUGUAGCUGUAUCUUUUCUUCUAAAGGGCUAAAUUCUGCCCUCAUUCAUGCAUCAAAAUUCACUGACAUCUCUGGGAAUUACGUGUGUCAGCACUUUGCUCUAAGUCAAGCUGUUGUUUUGUGUCCAUAUGUAAUAGUGAAAAUUCUCUUUAAAUCAGUAACUUACUCUUUCUGGCAAGGACCACAGGUUCUGUUCAAACUGAAAUUGGGUAAGCAUGGAAAGUGUACAAUGAGGGCUAAAUAUUGUAUGGCAGAUAAAAUGUAUAGACAUCUGCUUUAAAGGAAGCCUUUAUUAAUGUUUUUUAAAACUCUUGUGAAGCACAAUCUCAUGAGUAGCCCAAGCUUUGGCUUAUGAGUUUCUUGUAUAAAAUCAAAGUAGUACAAUUGUUUACACUGAGACUUUCUAAAUAAAUUUUUUUUUAAAAAAA